UCAAUGCGACUUCCCAAACAGGGUCGAUCGAAUUCUUAGGACAGCGAGAGCGGGUACAAUAGAAGAGAUUCUCUUUCUUCCCUGAACAUUGGCGCAAGAACAGCUAGAUUAUUACCUCUACCAAUCCGUGUAAUUGUCAGGUCUUUCGCGUUUUCUCAGGCGUUGCGGUGGCCAGGAGAGAGCACGCGAUCGGCAUGGAUUGAUGAAUGAGACGACCAGGGUGAUUUUCAUACUACAUCUUACCGUACCGUGUUCAGUAGGCCGGCAUCAUGGAUGAAGAAAAUGCUAGCUCCACGAACAGCAUCAAACUAGAACUGAGAAUCUACAUGCAUUGCAAAGCCUGUGAACGAUCUGUUCGCCGAGCCAUAGAGAAAAUCGACGGAGUCGAGAAAGUCGAGGUGGAGAGGGGAGAGAACAAGGUGACGGUGACGGGCGGCGGCGACUUCGAGCCGGAGAAGGCGGUGAGGCGGAUCAAGAAGAAGACCGGGAAGAAGGUCGAGAUCCUGGCUCUCGAGGAAGAAGAUGAUGAUCACGGGGAAGGCGGAGGAGGAGGAGCAGAUGCGCAGGCUCAUCACGAGUUCCAGAGGCACGGCUACUACGUCCCGUAUUAUCAUCAUCGUCAUCAUCACCAUCUGGUGCCUGUGCCUUGCGCUUACGUUCCGAGUUGCUAUGAUCAUCUGGUGCCUGUGCCUCCGCCGGACAAUGGAGGAGGAGGAACAGCAGAUGUGGCUCAUGAGUUUCAGAGGCGCGGCGGCGUGGGGCACUACGGUUAUUACGCUCCGUGUUAUUACGAUGGAGGAGGAGGAGGAGGAGGAGGAGAUGUGGCUCAUGAGAUUCAGAGGCCGGUACGCUCGGCGUGGGAUCUUCAUGGCUUCGAUGAUGAAAAUACACAAGCGUGCAGGGUAACGUAGGUUCGAGAGAGGAUAAUGGCCAAUAGCCUUGCAUACAGUAAAUAACACAAAUUUAUCGAAUUGGCCUAUUAGCUCAG